AUGAGCGCCGUCGGUAGCGCUGCGGCGCCGUCGAAUUCAAGCCUUACAACGUCACCAAGCGACUCUCUUGCUUUUCGACGACAAUACGCUCCUGAUGCAACACUACUACUCGUCGGUUUUUUCGGCGCCGGAAAGAAAACAUUGGGAAUCAUAGCAUCAGUUUCGCUUCGAAGAAGAUUCAUCGACUUCGACGCGUUCUUCCGGCAAGAAGUUCAUUCGUCACCUCAAGAGUUCAUUUCUCGGCAUGGGUUAGCACGCUAUCGUGAGGUAGAUCUCGAAUUAACGCGUGUCCUUCUCACAAAAUACCCAAAAGGCUGUGUGAUUGUCGGUCUUGGGGGAAGUUCCAGUCGACCACAGCAAUCACUCUUGAACGAUUUCGCAAGGGAACAUCCGGUCAUAUACGUGAGACGGGAUGUUUCAGACCUCCAACAGCUUGUUGGGUCAAGCAAAGAGAAAUUUCAGCGCUUAUUUGAAGUUGGAAAUGAGUUCUUUGAAUCAUGUUCCAACUUUGACUUCUUUAACCAUACACGGGGGCAGCCCUUUUGGAAUGAUCGCCCAUUGCCAACCUAUCUCAAGCUCAAGGAGACCGAGAGGAUUUUAGUGGCAUUCUUACACCGAAUAUUUGGAAAUUUUCACCGCUCAAUUUUCUCAACCGACCCAUUCUCUCCAUCGCAUACCUUCGCCUUGCAAGUACCAUUGACUUGGCUGGAUGGGACCCAGGACCUCGAAGCACUCGAGGGAGGCGCUGAUGCCAUAGCCCUGGUUGUUCCUUCUGAGGAGUUCAAUUCUCGCACAUUGAUGGACAGACUUGCACGACAUAUGACAUCUCUGAGAAGACACUGUCGUGUUCCGGUCAUUGUGGAUGUUAAGGCUUCUCCUGUUAUGAAGGCAGACCGCGAGACUUACCACAGGGUAUUAAUGUCGGUACUUCGACUUGCACCCGACGCCAUAACCUGUUCACUUCAGUACGCCGUAGACAUGGCCCAAAACAUUCACAUUUCCAAAGGAAACACGAAACUAAUUGUUUCCGUUCAUGAGAAACUUCCAGUGGGGUCUCCACAAAGAUCUUUGCAGCGCGCAGCCCUUCAAGAACAACUUCGGGUUUCAAAAGCAGAUGCCCUCUGCGUUACUGGGGAGUGCAGACUACCAGACGAUAAUUUUGCGAUGGUUCCAUUCCAUGCGGACUUGUCAACGUCAAGCAUACCGGUCGUCUGUUAUAAUAGGGGAUCACAUGGCAAGGCUUCAAUCUGGCUGAACCCUACUCUUUCUCCUGUAGUGCUGCCUUCAAUGACACAUACCGGAGUGACUUUGAAACAAGCGCAAGAGGCAAUGACAGCUUGCUUUCUUCACACCAAGAAACGGUUCACCAUCUUUGGCCAGACUUUAAAGCACAGUCUGUCGCCAGAGAUGCACAACGCAGCCUAUGCUGUAUGUGGACUGCCCCAUAUCUACGAGAGCAUGCAGUCGGAUGAUUUUUCUAGUGUUCACAAAUUAAUGGAUGACGAGAACCAUGGUGGGUUGACAAUUUCCCUUCCAUACAAAUCCGCUAUCUUGCCCUUCCUCAACGAAGUCAGUCCAGAUGCCAAAGAUAUCAAUGCCGUGAACACUAUAACGCUGGAACACAAAUACCAAUCCGACGGGAAACGAGUUACAAUUCGCCGAGGCUACAACACAGAUUACAUCGGGAUCAGAGAUUGCAUUGACAAGCACCUCUCGCCAGCUAAUGCAGUACGAGAUGGAACGACUGCAUUGAUCAUUGGCGCCGGUGGAAUGGCACACGCUGCAAUCUACGCAUGUUACGAGCUAGGUGUUCGAAGUAUGUGCAUUUACAACAGGACUCUUGAGAAUGCACAAAAGCUGGCAGAUUAUUACCAUCAGUGGGCACAUUCAAAGCCAGGCGUCAAACUUCGUCUACAUGCUCUCCUAUCACCGGGGGAUUCUUGGCCAACAGAUCUUCGCCCGCCGACCAUUGUUGUAUCCUGCAUUCCAACAUACCAGAUAGGGGGUGAGUCCCUUAUAGCGGUGCAGCUUCCGGACCAGUGGUUUGAGAGCCGAACUGGUGGUGUAUUUGUCGAGGUUGGCUAUGGUCCAUCCAGAACACAAUUAAUGGAGCGGAUGAUCCCUCGCGAAUCGAAAGGAUGGGUUGUGGUCGACGGGCUAAUGGUUCUGGUCGAGCAGGGCAUUGUCCAGUUUGAGAUCUUUACAGGACGACCUGCGCCUGUCCACUGCAUGCGGCGCGCUAUUAGGGAGCAGUCCAUCAAGUAUGGAUUUGUUCAUAAAUGA